AUGGCUAUGGGCAAAGAAAUGGAAAGUCCUUGGGAAGUAAAAAAUCCAGUGUAUCUCUUACCCAUUCACGUUUGUGACAACAAGGCACAUUGUCCUCGUGGUGAUGACGAGCUGGGCUGUCACGUGACAUGUCCUGCGGGGCUCGAGUGUGUCAUGGGUGCUAUCAGCCCCGCCAUUCACCCUGAACAAAUUAUCCUAACCAGUCUUAGUACACUAGACAUUCACGCCAGAUUUUUAAACUUGUCUGGCAUUGAUCUAUCCCAUAUCCGAGGCCCUGGUAUCCCUGGGGAUUUCUGUUUCGCCCCACAGGACGCUAUUUCUUCUUGUGAAGAUCUCCUAGGCGACCAGGUCAAGCGGAUACUAUUGUGGAUUCUGGCUGUGGUGUCUGUGUGUGGUAAUCUGACGGUCAUCGUGUUUAGGUUAGUGUUUGAAAGAAAACGUAUCAUAAAAAGUUAUCGAUUAUUCGUAACGAACCUCAAUAUAUCUGAACUUAUCAUGGGGGUUUAUCUGUUUAUCAUUGCCGGAAAUGACGUCUACUACCGAGGACAUUACGUCAUGUAUGAGUCAGAAUGGCGUCACAGCCCUCUCUGUACGGCUGCUGGUUUCCUAGCAACUCUCUCGUGUGAAACGUCAGCGUUGUUUGUGCUGCUCGUCACACUGGAGAGGUUUUUGGUCAUAAGGUUCCCACUUGGUCCGUACAGGAUUAAACGCUUCAAAAAGUAUUUCUUACUUCUUGUGUCCUGGGUAUUUGGUAUCGUAUUGGCCGUGGUUCCUUUGGUGUACCCAGAUUGGGCCGUGUAUUCCUCUAACGGCAUGUGCCUUGGCUUGCCAAUUGCGAGAAAACCAGAAUCAGGAUGGGCGUAUUCUUUCGCAGUUUUCCUUGUGUUUAACUGCAUCUUAUUUAUUCUAAUUGCCAUGGGUCAGUUGGCCAUCUUUCUGGCCAUGUCCAGAGAAAAAACACAGCUCCAAAGUAGCCCCGACAGUUUAGCUAAAAGAAGACGUGAGAUCAUGGUUGCCAAAAACUUGUCCCUGGUUGUCAUGUCCAAUUUCCUCUGUUGGUUUCCUAUCUGCGUCAUUGGUCUAAUGACGGCGCGUGGUCACACGUUCAGUCAGCAGACGUACGGCUGGCUGGCUGUGUUUGUGCUGCCGCUAAACUCGGCAGUAAAUCCGGUUAUCUACACACUUCCGGUUGUGUACGAAAAAUGGGAGGACUUCAAGAACGGACAAACGAGGGACACACCCAGCCAACAUGCACCAUCUACUUGA